AUGGGAGAUUUCAAUUGUAUUUUGCGUCAUAAUGAGAAGAAAGGUGGUCUUGUUACAAGAACUUCAGUUAUCAAUGAUUUUAGUGACUGGAUGGAUGAUAACAACCUUUUCGAAGCUGAUGCAUUGGGACGUAAAUAUACAUGUACGAAUAGUCAAUCUAGCACUCACAGAAUCAUUAGUAAGCUUGAUAGGGCUAUUAUUAAUGGUGCUUGGUUAGCAAGGUUCGAGAAUUGUCGGUGUAAAGCUCAUCCUAGGGAAGUUUCCGAUCAUUCUACGCUUAUUGGUUAUCCUUUUGUGGUUCCUAGACCGAACAGAGCUCCCUUUAGAGUUCAAAAAAUGUGGUUCCUGCACUCAGAUUUCAGCCGUAUGGUCAGUGAUAGUUGGAAUGCCCCAUCCCAUGGUUCACCUGAUUUUAUUUUCCCAUUCAAGAUGAAAAGAUUGAAGGUGGUGAUGAAGGAUUGGAAUCUGAGAGUUUUUGGCAAUAUAAACUCUCGUUUAAAACAAGAUCAGCUCUGUUUUGAAACAGCUGUUAGGAACUCAGAUGAGGAUCCAACUGAUACGGUCAAGUUAAAUGUCAUGAAGGAAGCUAUGGAUAUUCUUUCAGAAACCAGGCUUCAAAAAGCUACUAUGUUGAAGCAGAAAUCGAGAAACUAA